UCUUGGUGUCUCUCUCCAGUCAGUUAGACAGACCUGCAUCUCCCUUCCUCUCUCCAUCUCUCUCUGUCUCUCUGAGAAGAUGAACAGAUGACUGUCUCCAUGUAAGAACGGAGGAGAAGAAUCGUUUGAUGGAUUUAAAGGAAAAUGCGAGCGUUGUGUGUCUUCACCUGUCUGAGUGUCUGCGUCUUCACUUCAGUUUGUCCUUUACAGAUGCAGUGUUAUCAGUGUGAGGAGACGCAGCUGAAUGACGACUGUUCCUCAGCGACCUUCAUCAGGAACUGUACAGCGAACAUUCAGGACGCAUGUCAGAAGGAGGUGAUGGAGAACACACACGGUGUGUUCUACCGGAAGGCCUGUGCGUCCUACACCACGUGUCUCAUCGCCUCAGCAGGGUAUCAGCGCUUCUGUUCUCCAGGUCAUGUUGGUUCUGUGUGCAUCAGCUGCUGUAACACCCCGUUGUGUAACGGGCCACGUCCUCCACACACACACUCCACAGCAUACACACACGCCUACACACACAGCCAUCACCUGCUCUCCAUCCUCACGCUGUCUGCCAUGGCAACGACAACCCUCACACCCUGAUAGUUGGAGCUGAAACCCAAACUGGACAAAACUUUAAAGGACACGUUUGCAGCUGGAGUAAACAUUUACAUAAUAAAUAAAG